AAUUGUUUGCAGUGCGGAAAGAAAUAUGGCGAGUGACGACGACAGAAAUCAUAGAAAACGAAAUUCCAGUCGCAAUGGAAGGCCAGAUUUGGUCGAAACAUGCUUUGGUGUUUGGUCAAGAAGUGUAAAAGUUCAUAAAGCCGUAGAGAAAGAACUAGAAAGUAUCUGCAAUGGCAUCCAUGUUGUGAAGAUCAGAAAAGUGAGUUUUACUUUCAAUGUUACUUUUCACGUGACUCGGCUUGAAGCGUUUUCCACUCGACAAGUGAUCUUUGCUUUCACAAUAUUUGUCGGCCGAGAACGUCAUAACAAAACUAAACCUUCACUUUCUACCUAACAGAUUUCCGCCGUGUUUUUUUAAAUUAGUGGUUUAGGGUCUGCGGAUAACCGUAGGUCUUUUUAACUUGAUAUAUGGAAUUUCCUUUCACCAUAAUGGUGAAAAUGAUAUUAUUUUUCUGGAAUGUUUGGUGUAUUGAUGCAAGUUAAUAAUUUAAUUUUUUCGAUAGAUUUUAAGCGUAUUUAACAUUAUCCACUAUCUAUGAUUUUCCUUAUAGUGCUUACAUUUUUGCAUUCUGUUAUUACGUAUUUACAUCUCAUUGUCAGUAAUGGUUUAUGAAAAAACAUUAAUGGACGGAAUCAAUAAAGUCAUUGUUUUUGUUAGAAUGUAAAUUGGCCACUGUUAAGAGUUUCUACAAGACACCCUUACCUUUGCCAGCUAAUAAGUUUUUGGUUUUUUUUUUACACUCAUCUAGUAAAUCAUCUUUAGAGGUUAUACUGGCAAAGAUUCAGCCAGAUCAUCAUUAUGAUACUACAUAUAAAAUCAACUAAUCUCUCUUUUUUUUUUAACAUACUCAGGGUGCUAACCUUACCAAAGAGGAACUUAGUAGAACAAGGGGACUUCUGGUUGCGGUUCAUGCAACAGGUAAUUGUAGUGAUUGAUCGUUAAUUAUAUCUAUUCUAAACCACUCUGUGAUCCUUGCAAUCUGAUUGUCACUCAGAUGUGCAACUACUUCAUAAAUCUUGGUAGAACCAAGUUAAUAUAAUAAUAACAGGAAACAGUAUACAAUCCACUAACAAUGGAAAAGUAGUUGCAGCUUUAAGCGCAUCCUGUGCUGUGCUCUUGUGACAAAUAUACUUUUGCAUCAUUCUGUUAUGAUAGCAAUCACUGUCAAAGGCAUCACAUUUCUGGUACAUACAUCUAGAGGCAAUGAACUGUCAAUUUUGAAUUUGUCUGAUAGAUACACCUGUUGGGCAAAGCAGUCCCAAAGUUUAUGAUCAUACGUACAUCAGAGUUGAAAAAGAUGAAGCGGAAGAUAAGUAAGUCUUGUGUGAACUGUAAACUUGCACAUUGUAAUCAUACUGCUUGUACUGCAGUGUCUAAUAAUUGUAAUUCCAGAGAAAAAGAACACAGAAAAAAGUUCUCAUUUGCAUGCAUAACUGAGAUUUCAGCCAAAACACUGUAGCAUUCUAACUUGGUGUUUUGAAAACAAAUUGCAUGUAGCUAUGAAUGUGAGCUAGUUGUGUGCCAUGGCAACUUGAAAUUAUCUCUACAUUUUAACCCUCUAGCCCUCAAGAGUGACUAACAUCUAAUUUCAUCGAACACUAUCAUUGCUGAAUUUUCUUCAAGAAUAUUCAAGAGAAUAAAGGCAGAGAGCCUUGGGUUAAAGUGUUCUCAAUUGUUAAAUAAAUUCUCCUUGUCAGUAAUUUGGAAAUGUAUAAAGGACAGUAUAGAGAAUUCACAUACUCAUGCAAGGGUGUAAACACUGUCAUGAGUAACUCCCAUGGGUGACCCAGACAGAAUUUGUCCUGACAAUAUCAACACAUUAUUCAGCAGACAAGUGACAAGAACAAAGAAAAAUAUAAUAUCAGCUACAAGCCAGGAUAUUUAGUUGUUCCAAUACCAAAUUCUCUGAACUAACUUCGUAGGAAUUUUAUGGCAGUCAAUAAAGAGACUUAUGAAUGUGAUCAUGGAAUAAGAGAAAAAGGGUUUAGAGUAAACCCUUUAACUCUCAUGAUGUAAUUUUCAAUUCUCCUCUGUAGCUGCAACACAUCUCCUUGUAAAUUAAUUAUGAGAAUUUGGUGCUGGAUCAAGAUAACAACUUCUACAUGAUGAGUUUGAGUUUUCUUAUUGCUUGUUUGCUGAAAAUGUAUGGAUAUUAGAGGAAGAAGUUACUUGUUAGUCACUUCUAGGGGUUAAAGGAUUAACACCAGCACCAAGUGUUGAUGAUCAUAAGACUUCUGUAUAAUCUGGAGCUGUCUAGUAACAACAUGCAAGAGGUGCUACUGUUUCUUUAAUCAUGAUACAUUUUUUUUUCAAGACUUCAGGAGAAUGAUAACAGUCAUGCAAAUGAAGCAAAAACUACGGAGGAGCAUGGUGAAUCUCUAACAGAAAGAGUGAAAGAUGUUAUAAAGAAAACAACUCCCAAGAAAGUCGAGAAAGGGAAAGAUGCUGAGCAGAAAAGGAGAGAAAUUAAGCAGCAAAGACAUGAAAAGGAAAAUGAACAGAGAGAAGAAAAACUGGGUGUAAGACCUGAAGGUAUUUACAGACCAGUUUGUAACUCUACAACCCAAGGGAACCAUGUGGCCUUGUUAGUUCCUAAUGGAGAGGCCAGUGUUUAUGGAGAUUAGAAAUUAAAUGUACACUGUUGAAUAGUAACAAUUUUUUUUUCUUUAAAAAAUCUUAUCACAAGGAUGUCACAAGUAGCUCUUACAACUUGUGCAGAACCAUUGGUACUCAACUUCUUGAAGAAAUUUUUUAUUCAAAGUUAUGAAGAUGGCUUUUUCUACCUUUGUUUAAUUUUUGUGGAUGUGUUGCCAUUUGUUUUGUUUUUUUGUAUCUCAAGCUCCAGGUACUGUAUACUACAAGAUUGGUCCCCCCCCCAUGUCCCUGAAGUAUCUGAAAAUCAUCAGCAAACAGCAAACCUUUAGUAACAAUUUAUUUAACUCUAAAUUUGGAGUACAGUACUUUAACUUAAUUUAAUGAUGAUGUGCUAUUUCAUUGUUGCUAUAGAAAUUUUGUGGACUGGAUUUCGCAGUAUUAUGGAUAGAUUUGCAAACUGCUAUGAAAUAAGUGGAAGGAUUCUGUCUUACUGUCACCCGAUUGAGAAAAUUGGCCAGGUACGUGCAACAUAAUAAUUUUAAUUAUAAAUAGUAAAAGUUUUUUAAAUUUAUAUUAUUAUCCAUUGUGAGCAAGCAGUUGUGGUAGGGAUAGAUUUUCUGCUUUCUGCUGAUUUAUUAUCAUGGAGCUUUACAUGCUUUACAUGUAAACAUAUACAAAUUUGACCCCUAAGAGUGACUAGUAUCUAAAUUCUCCACACAAUAUUACCCCUGGAUCACACAUUGAGGUCUUGAGAAUAAAGGAGAUGAUCACCAACUAAGGAAGCUCUUGAUCAUUGAACAAAUUCUUCUUGUCAGCACCUUGAAAAAUUUAUAGAGAACAGCAAGGAGAAUAUGCAUAUUGAUGUUUGGGUGUUGAGGGUUAAGGAAUGUAAACUUGCCAUGUAAUCUCGAAGGAAAACGUAAUGAUUUGUCCUCCAUUGAUUUGACAGAUUGUUGGCUUUGCAGAAAGGUGUAUAAAGAAUGCUGGAAGAAAAUUUGUGGAGGGCAAUGAUGAUAAGAAAAAGAAAUGAUGAAUUAUAAUUAUUUGAUAUGGUGAAGGACAGGUAUUUCAGGGACAUGUACAGUGAAAAUUAAGGAGAAGUCACCUCCUUAAGUUUUGUGCAUGGUACUCUCUAGGCUCAGAGGGGUAGCUGUGGAGGAAUUUUUCUGAGGGAGGGAUCAUAGGUAUGAAUUUCUGCACCCCUUACAUGUAUUUAGUAAAUAAACUCCUUCACGCAACUGAGAAAUAACCAAAAACUUAAUAAUUCAGAGGUGGAGCUUCAUUGGCAAUUUUAAAAUUUUGAGGACAAUCUCUCAGUCAAGGACGUUUUGGGACAACAAACCAGUAAGUCAGAAAGGAGUCGUCAGAUUUCACACUAACCCUGGGCUAUCUUAAUCCAGCUUUGAACAACCAGCCCUGUACUCUACACAUCAAGGUCAUUUUUCUCAUUGAAAAGAAAUAAAGAUAAAAAAGUGAAACUCUUUAGCUUUUGGGUUGCCGUGCCUCAGGUAUUAAUUUGGGCUAUUAUUUAUUAAGUGCCAAGAAGAAAUGGCAAAUGAGUAUCUGCAUGUACACUGUAGCACAAUAAGAUUUUCCCAAUGAAGAUUCUUUGGAUUUGGGUGUGUUUGCAAACCUGAAUUUUUAGGUGAACAGAUUAUGUUAUUAAGAGCUGGGUGUUUGAACCUAAUUGGGAAUUAUGUUAAUUCUUUUGACAAGGCAUUUAUUAUUGACAGAACUUGACAGUAUAACAUAAGAUCGAUUAAUGUGAAAGUCAGAACACUUUUAGCACCAGAAAUAUUUAUGAAAUGUUAUGAUCUGAUUUGACCUCAGACAACAAUCAUAACAGCAAAAAGAAGGAUUUUUGAGUGUGAAUAUAGCAAUAAAAAUGCCAUAUUUCAACCAUGUAAAUUCUUGUAAAGUGUAACAAGUUGGUGAGAAAGAUAAAAACAUAAAAUUGGUACAUAGCAAAAAAAAUAAAUGAAC